AUGUGGGCCAGCCUCGUCAAGGACACAGUGUCACCUCGCUCCGAGGUGCUGCCCAGCAUCGAUCCCAUCUGGAACAUGUGGGCGCUCCGCUACGGCAACUACAAGUGCGUGCAGGACUCGUACGGGGGCGGGACCACGACCCCGCUGUACUACAUGCCCCUAUUUGAGACCGAGACGGAGGUGUACCCCGAGGUCCUCUACUACGGUGACGAGAACACGGUUGUACAGAUCGUCGAGGGCUACGAGCUCCACCUACACCACACGGCUAUCUUUCCUCCGAGGGUCCUGGUACGGACAUUCAAAGACGGCGAGCCCAUCGACAGAGUGAUGCGCACCACCGACAUUCGGAAAGAAAUCUUCUGCGACGAUAGCAACGGCGCCACGCUCAUGAUCCGGCGCAAUCGAGAGUCCAAUCAGACCACUGUGGAAGGUAUAAUUGACAACGAACUACGGAUAAUGCCCAACAAGGAUCCAAACGCCAAGAAGAACUCCCACAAGGUGUACAGGGUCAAGGACAAGUCUUCACACGUCCUCGACUCGAUCCUCACAAAUAAUCAGUCACUGGCUGAAGACAUCAGCAUAAACGAAGUGACCAAGAGAGCCAUCGCAAACAAGACCAUCUUCGUACGCCCGGAGGUGGUUGUCAUCGUGGAUUCUGCUCACGCGAGUCGCUUCAGGAGCCGGGGUGACUUGCUUCGCUACAUGGGUGUCUUCAUGAACGCUGUAAACCUACGGUACUCAACAGCCGCCGGACUGGACAUACAGAUCAAGUUGACUGCCAUUGUUAUCAGCAGUCCCGACCAGGAAACUUACUUCAAAUACACGGGUAACCACGUCAAUGCUGAUCAGACCUUGGCUGGAUUCACGCUUCGUCUGGCAACAGGAUACAUUCCCGGAAACUUUGACUUCGCCUACCUCCUUACAGGGAGAGACAUCGCCCAGGUCACCCAAUCGGGUUCCGUCCACCCUGCAGUGGCGGGCGUGGCCUACAUUGGCGGGGCCUGCACAGUGCAAAGAACAGGGAUGGGAGAAGACGUACCUGGAACAUACGAUGGAGUUCACGUGGCCACUCACGAAAUGGCGCAUUUGAUGGGCUGUGUCCACGACGGAGACCCUCCGCCGGACUACCUGUCCGACUCUCCGGGUGCCCAGGACUGCCCCUGGGACGACGGCUUCAUCAUGAGCUACAAGGACGGCGGGCAGAACCACUACAUGUUCUCGCAGUGCUGCGUCGCUCAGAUCAAACACCUCCUACAACGCGGCAGUCACAACUGCCUGCUGGAGCAAUACAACCGCCCGCUGAAGAUGGACAAGAGGCUACCGGGAGAGCUGCUGUCUCCAGUGGACUACUGCAGGCUACGAUUUCCCGAGAUUCCAUACGUCUGGACGGACGCGAACCCGGCGGACCUAAUGCAGUGCAAGAUUCGCUGCAGCUACCCAGUCAACCCCUACACAGGGCUCUACGUGUACAGGCAGGCGAACGCCCUGGAUGGCACGACGUGUGCUGAAGGAAAGAGAUGCAUUAAUGGUGUAUGCGGAUGAAGGCUACUAUAGAUAACGUCGACAAUGUGCUGCGCGAAGUUUAUUUGUGUACAGUGUAUAGUAUUUGUUUUUAUAUUAUUAAAGUGUUAUUUAAUUGUUGUUUCGAAACGCGAAUAAAAGUUGUGUUUUGCUGGAA